AUGACGUUUCCAAGCGCUUAUGGAAGAUCAAUUCUUGCCGUACCCUGGUUUGAAGUGGGUGAAAAAGUACAAAUCACUUGUGAAAAGACUGGGUAUAGUGCUACUAUUGAUUUUCUGACCAAAAAAGAUGUUACUUGUUAUUUAAAAUCCAAACAAGUGGAAAAAGUCACAGAGGCCAAAUCGAGAUUAGAACAACGACAACGUGAAGCAGCGAAAGAACUAACAGAAAAAUCACUAAAAUGGCAAACGAAAGUUAGUUUAAAACUAGAAGUCGUAAAUUUUAGAAGAUGA